AGAAAACAACCGAGAACAUGAAUCUGCUGUCAGCUUUGGACCCUGAAGGAGAGGAUUGCCUCUGUUUCUGACAAACAUGAAGGCAGACUUCUGGUAUUUCUUUCUCUUCUGCUUCCAAAUUGAAGUUCUAACAGGAGAAAUCAAUGAAUCUACCCAGUAUGAGAUGUUUACAUUCCACAAUGGAGGUGUACAAAUUUCGUGCAAAUACCCUAAGUUUGUUCAGCGAUUUAAAAUGCAGUUGCUGAAAGGGAGAGAAAUACUCUGUGAUCUCAAUAAGACAAAAGGAAGUGGAAACACAUCAUCCAUUAAGAAUCUGAAAUUCUGUCAAUAUCAGUUAUUUAACAACACUGUCUCUUUUUUCCUAUAUAAACUGAACCCUUCUUAUUCCAGUUAUUACUCCUGCAAACUAUCAAUUUUUGAUCCUCCUCCUUUUCGAGUAGAGACUCAUAGAGGAGAGUAUUUGCAUAUUUAUGAAUCACAGCUUUGUUGCCAGUUGAAGUUCUGGAUACCCAUAGGAUGUGCAGCUUUUGUCAUAGUCUACAUUCUGGGAUGCAUAUUCAUGUUUUGGCUCACAAAAAAGAAGUAUCGACCCAGUGUGCAUGACCCUAAUAGUGAAUACAUGUUCAUGGCUGCAGUGAACACUGCUAAAAAAACAAGACUUGCAGAUGUGACCUCGUAAUCUGGAACUCUUUGGCACCCAGAUAUGAACCACGUUGUUCCUUUCUACUUGAAGUGUGAAAUUCCACAUUUCUUGGACCACAGAGAGUCUGACUUGAUUUGACUACAUCCAUCUCCUGCUGGUGUUUUAUUCAAUCUGGACCAGUAACUGUAUCAGUCAACAGAGAGCUUAACAGACUGCUUCCAUACUGCUGAGUUUUCUCAAAACAAACGUUCUCUUGCUACUAGCCUUUUAAAAAGCCCGGUUCCUGUGUGCUCAACAAAUAGACCUCCCUGGGAUGAAAUCCCUAUCUUCACAUCUGCUCCUAGCAAUACGUGAACCAGUAAAGCAAACAGAUCUACAAAAAUAUUUUAAAAAGAUGCCAAGGGUACUGAAUCUGCAAAGCAAAUGGGCAGCCAAGGGCCAGCAUCUGUCUGCAUUUCACUAACGAACUACCUCUUCUUUAUGUAGGGAUGAGCAUCCCUUUAAAAAUCAGAUGGCAAUGCUUCAAAACCGUAGCUAUUUUAUUUCUGAAAUGUCAAUGUGUACUUGAUGUUAGUACAUCUGCAGUUUCUGAACCGCUGUUGA